UAAACAGGAAACAGUACCAUAUUUGGGAUUCUGCAAUAAAAACAUAUGAAAUUACACGUUUACUAACCGCGUUUGUUAGUUAAAUAAAUUAUAUGACACUAGAUUAAAAAUUAUCUCUUUAAAACAAGAAAUUAUACUGGCAAAUACUUUUCAAGUAUUUCUUAAAUACUCCUAAAUUAUUUCCGACCGAACACAUUAAGCUGUCGGAUCACAACAAAGCAACUUCCGGUGAAUUUAGUUAAAACUGCUUUUAAACAGGGUUUUUUUUUUUUUUUUUAAACAAACAAAAACAAAUAUUUUACAUUCUCCGGUUACGAUUUGCUCCUUUUGUAGGUUUUCGCGUAUAAAAUAUACACGCGUUAUAACAUUUAACAGCAUUUAAGGCAGUAUUGUUAAAAUUAACGCGUAUGAAACUAUAAUGCAGAAAUUCUGCACGUGCAGCUGCUAUUACACUGAGAACCUUUUUCUAGAGCAGUACAAGCUCCAUGUGCGAUUCAUCUCAGAGGAGCAGUUUAAAACCGACUACCGACACAUCCUGCGCUCCCUGGGUUGUGCUACUGACGCCCAGUACAAUGCUGUUCUUGAAAAAAUCCACGCUGAAACCGCGAGGCGCCGGAAUCUCGCGGCACAAUCGGCAGAGAGAAAAUCGACCAUCAAGCAGACUUACAAACCCCUCCAUCAGCACGUCUACCGCUUACAGGAAUCGUUCUUGGCCCCUGAGUUUGUAGAAAUAGUGAAAUACAGUCGUGAAGAUGGCGCCAGUGAAGAGGGAGUACUGGAGCGCAUCACCGCAGAGGCUGCUCCCAGGGUGUAUCGUUUCCCCGUGUUCACGCAGGAGUUCUGCAACGAUCUGGUAGAAGAGCUGGAACAUUUCGAGCGGUCCGAGGCUCCGAAGGGUCGACCGAACACCAUGAACAACUACGGGAUCCUCCUGGACGAGCUGGGGCUCGACGAGGGUUUGAUUACGCCGCUCAGAGAGCUGUACCUGAAGCCCCUGAGCUCGCUGCUGUACCCGGACUGCGGGGGGAAAUGGCUGGACAGUCACAAGGCCUUCGCUGUGAAAUACACACUGAACGAAGACCUGGACCUCAGCUACCACUACGACAACGCCGAGGUCACGCUGAACGUCUCGCUCGGGAAAGUCUUCACCGAGGGAAACCUGUACUUCGGGGACAUGAGACAGGUGCCCCUGAGCGAGACGGAGUGCGUGGAAGUGGAGCACCGUGUCACCGAGGCCGUGCUCCACCGAGGCCAGCACAUGCACGGUGCUCUGCCCAUCUCGUCAGGGUGCCGCUGGAACCUGGUGCUCUGGAUGCGAGCGUCGCGUCAAAGGAACCUCCUCUGCCCCAUGUGCAACCGAUCGCCACGACUACAGCCUAGCGACGGCUACGGAGACGGGUUCACCGAGGAAGAUACCGGGCUGUGCGUUUUAACGUGAAGCUCUUAAUAUUCGGUAGCAUUAAAGGAGCGGUUUGUCAUUUUCAGUGUCCCAAGAUAGACUCAUUUCAGGGCCAGAAAAAAAACAAACACGCACGCAGCCUUAAAUGAAGCAGCUAGUGAGACGUGUUUGUCGUCCGCUUGAAUGAAUCACAUCACAUCAGAUUAGAUUUAGACUCUAAACUCUUAUUAAAUUUAAACACGGUGAAAUCUAGCACCUUUGUGUAGUCUGUCCACAAAACAAACACGUCAUGGCAGCUAUUUAAUCUGCCGUUUUCCCUCAAUUUUCACUUGAUUACAGCUUUAACUCUUACUCGUGUGAAUCCCAGCAUGUUAGUGAAAUAAUACGAUUAUUACACUUCAAAACAAAAUACAAACCGCACCUUUAAAGCCAAGUGAAGUCCAAUAUAACGAUGCCUCUGCGUGAUCACGUGACUUUCACGAACCGCGUGAACCUGUCAGUCUGGCCAUAAGAAGACAGAGUAACUGGAUCUGGUCUUUGCUCCGUCGCGACCCGGCUCUUAAAUAUGCACCUUUUAUAUGAUCCAUAUCAAUUUUGACAUAAACUUAAUAUUCUGUAUGUUUUUGAAAAACAACAACAACAACAAUAAUUAACAUUUCUUUUGUGCCAUUAAUGUGAUUUGAAAAUAAAAGGUUACAGAUUAUUGAGCUAAAUCCACACAGUGAAGGAAAAAAAAAAAAAAAAAAUUCCUUUCGCUUUUGCAAUACAGAUCAACAAAGAGAAUAAAUACAUUUAAACACAAAGACUAUAAACGGCUCCAACGUUUCCUCAUACAGCGUUUACGUACAAAACCGAGGAAUAGA